UAAACUGCCGUCGUGUCGGGAUUGGAAUGUAACAGAGUAACACUCGGAACAAUUGAGCAUUUGGAUAUUGAGCACGGUUGGCGACCAUGGGAUCGGAAUCGUAUGAUUCUCGAAGUGCUUGCCAAGUGUGAGAAUUAGCCCUGUUUAUUGCAUCUGUUGAUUCUGGGAUUGUACCGAAGAUCUCUAUAGCAGAUGAGAGGAUCUUAUACUUACGUGUGUGAGGGUCUGCCGAGAGAAUGGAACUAAGAGCAAUGCAGGGAUUCGUGCGGCUUCAGUUUUCCAUAUAAGAAGCUUCGCUGCGAUUCUCCCCUCGCCGAAUGCAUAAGUCGGGGUCAAUGGAGUGAGCACAGUCCAGGAAAACCACACAAACCGGCCGGAUCUCUCGCUGGAGAUCUGGAUUUUAAUGCGACCACUCGGAACCUUUAACAGCCCCGUUCCGUUCGGCGUUACUUCGACUUUAUAUCAGGAUAUUUGGAUUCUUCAAUGGAUUUCUCCCAAGGUAAAGUGAAUAGAUAGCGGCAGCAAGUCUUUGGUCGGAAGUCUGGUCUGUCCCUUUCAGGAUAGCUGACCUGCGAAACGGGCGCAAAAUAUUGGAGAGGGGAGAGCGAGGCGGCGAGUAAGCUACCCUACCUGGUUUGUUUGUUUUUUUACGCGGAGAUAUCUCAAAGUCACUGCGUCGCAAAAUGUUACAGACAGAUAGAAGAGGGGGGGCGAGGAAACACUAAUAAAAUCGCCCACAUGCUCUGGAUCAAUUACUUGAUACGGGAACGGAAUCCGAAGAAGAGGGAAGAGGAGGCGAGUUGGAAAUCCUUGCAGGCUGGAAGAUGGCGGAGCGGGGUUGCUGGAGGUUGUGAGAGCCAAACUUCGGGCUACUUCAAAUUUAUUUGUCAACAUCUCUACCCAGCAGUCAGGACACAUGCAGGCCAAAAAACGAUAUCUAAUCCUGCUGUCGGCUGGCCUAUGUCUUCUGCUGCUCUACUUUGGGGGUGUUCAAGUGCCAGCGGCGAGCAGAAGCCGGCAUGAUCGCAGCCGCAAUGGAUUUCGGUCGGACCAGCCAUGGCCACACUUCUCGGACCCUUUACAACCAUUCAAUUCCUGGGAUCAGACAGACACUGAGGAGUACAACCUCCACAUAUCACCCAGACAGAAAAGGGACGUUAAUUCCAGCGUUUACAAGGGCAAGCGGUGUCGCAUGGAAUCUUGCUUUGAUUUCUCCCAGUGUCAAAGAAACGGAUUCAAAGUUUACGUGUACCCACAACAGAAGGGAGAGAAAAUCUCCGAAAGUUAUCAGAACAUUUUGUCCGCUAUCGAGAGCUCCAGGUUUUAUACCUCGGACCCUGGCCAAGCCUGUCUGUUCGUGUUGAGCUUGGAUACGCUCGACCGCGACCAGCUUUCGCCGCAGUAUGUGCACAAUCUGAAAACCAAGGUCCAGAGCCUGCCGCUUUGGAACAAUGGUAGGAAUCACCUUAUAUUUAACUUGUACUCUGGGACGUGGCCGGACUACACGGAAGACCUGGGUUUUGACAUCGGCCAGGCCAUGUUGGCCAAGGCGAGCAUUAGCACUGAAAACUUCAGACCCAACUUCGACGUGUCCAUCCCGCUCUUCUCCAAGGAACACCCGAGGACCGGUGGGGACCGGGGCUACCUGAAAUACAACACCAUUCCACCUUUUAGGAAGUACAUGUUAGUGUUCAAGGGGAAGCGCUAUCUCACCGGAAUUGGGUCGGACACGAGGAAUGCCUUAUAUCAUGUCCACAAUGCUGAGGACGUGGUACUUCUCACCACCUGCAAGCACGGCAAGGAUUGGCAGAAACACAAGGACGCCCGCUGUGACAGGGACAACGCAGAAUAUGACAAGUAGGUUGUGUGUGUGUGUGUGUGUGUGUGUGUGUGUGUGUGUGUGUGUGUGUGUGUGUGUGUGUGUGUGUGUGUUUACAUCAGCCUUUAAUUAUGUAUGACAUGGCAUAAUUAAAAUCAUGCGCGACGCGUGUAAUUCCCCAAAGCUUGGUGUGCGGCUGUAAUCCUGUCGUUGUUUUUGACGGGGUAAACUUUUUCCCUCCACCUCAUAUGAAAGUGUUUUCACUAGCCCCCAGAUGAGCCCCCAGGCCGUACUAGUAGCUCUUUAAAGUGAGGUGGUAAUGUAAAUGCCUUGGUAGUUAAGAUUCCCGAGCCGCCCCCUCUCUGCGCACUGAAUGCAGCCCAAGGGGAUGGAUGUGUGUGUGUCUGUGAGAGAUGUUGGUGGCGGUGGCGUUGAGAGGGUUGUAUUUGUCUGAAUUCCCCCUCCCCACUUAACCAAACGUUAGUAACCAACCGAAAGCCGUAGCCCUUGGUUAUGAGAUGAGAUGUUCCGUCGGCCACCUCAGACCCCUCGCGCGCUCUCAUGCGUGUAAGGAGCUCUCCAGCCACUCAAUUACUUCUCCGCGUUUAGUGUAAAUCACCCGGGAGGCUCGAGACAGCCUCUCUCGCUCCCACGGCUGCCAGCCUUCCCCCAAAUGCCUUACCUGCUACUUCCACACAGAAGGAAUUUCGCUCCAGACAUUGCAGUCAAAGUAGGAUGUGCUUGGGCUCGUCUUAUUUGCCUGGGAAACUGAAGCGAAGCUGAGGUGAACCAACGGUAUCUGGUGGUUGGCAUUGGGCUAAUAAAGAUGACCUUGUUCGGCUAAAUGGUGACUAAGUCGUUUUUUUCUCAACAGGCACAAUUUCUGUCCACCACCUUGAUAAACAGGAGACAUUUUGGACUGCAAUCGCCUACAUUCAUACAGAUUAAAACAACAAAAACAAAUAUCGGAUAACCAAGUUCAGUCCAUCAUGAUGUCUGCAGUGCAUUCAGCUCAUUGCUCUUAAAUGCUGCCAGUCAGGCAUUGGGGUAAAACAAGAUGGCACUCUCGAUCAGCCCUGAAAGUGUGUUGUGAUUUGGGAGAAGUAUGACCCCCCCUAAUCAUUUUAGCCCUUAUUUUGGCUCUCGCCACUCCUAAUGCUAUGUGACACACUCUCACUUGAAAGUGUGUGUGUGCGUGAGUGUGUGAGAGACAUCUAACCGGGGUUGAAGUGACUUUGCCAGCCUGCCACAGUCUUAAUGGUUUAUCUAGUCUACCAUGCGCAGCAAAGAGAGAGAGAGAAAGAAGCGAUACGAUGCCCAGGCAUUCCGUUUGUGGUAGCCUACCUCCCCUAACCUCAUCAACAGGGGAUUUGCUGUCUCUUGGCACGGUUGGUGUGUGGGAGUGCAGAGGUUUGUGUGUGUGUGUGUGUGUGUGUGUGUGUGUGUGUGUGUGUCUGUGCAUACUCUGCAGGAUUGUGCAUUUGCGUGCACAAUUGUGUCUGUGUGUGAGAAAGAGAAGCUACACACACACACACACACACACACACACACACACACACACACACACACACACACACACACACACACACACACACACACACACACACACACACAGACAUACACAGUCACAAACACACUUCACCGGGCAGCUGUGCGAGCGUGACUGGUUUCAACCCAUGCCAGCGGGCACCAUCAUGGGUGCUGCUAUCUGUAUCCAAAUUGAAUCCGCUCGAUUGACCUGCCUGCCUCGUCCUGGCAGAGGGCACUGGGAAUCGAGGCAAUCCUUCUGCAAUAGCCCAAGUGCCACCUCGUGUCUGCUGAUGCUGUUGCUGGGAUGGAGAGGGCGAGCCAGUGUUUCCCGCAGAAUUUUUGUUAGUUAAGGUGAUGGGGCGAUAAAAGUAUACUUUUUGGUUACGUAACUUUAGAAAUUACAUUCACAACAUGAAAUCUUUAUCUUUUCAGGGGACCUAGUCAAGGUGGUAGGUGCCUCUUGUCAAGAUGGCUGCCUUAGCAAUUAAGUGCUGGGGGAAACCCUGGGGAGAGCCCAAAAUGGGGUGGGUGGAAUGGAGGUAAAGGAGAUUCAGUUAUCAGGGCCCCUGAUAGGGCAGUCAUGGGUAAGCGGUUAGGCCGUCAGACUUGUAGCCCAAACGUUGCCGGUUCGACUCCCGACCCGUCAGGUUGGUGGGGGGAGUAAUUAACCUAUGCUCUCUCCCCUAUCCUGCUCCAUGACUGUGGUACCCUGAGCAUGGUACCAUCCCGCCGCACUGCUUCCUUGGUGCGCCAUUGGGGGCAGGGCACAUGUGAUCUGCUUGAACUUAUGCUGCAUUCCCCAAUGGUGGGAGAUUCGUUUAGUUUAGUUUAUUUAGUUUAGUUCAGCAGGGACCAUGCACAAUAGACAUUGUUUACAGAAGUAAAAAGAUGGCUUGUGCCAGAUUAUAGCUAUAUAGCUAAUUUCCAUCUGCAGUCCCUGUAUCCCCUGAGAUGGGAUAUUCCUGAUUGCCUAUUUGCUGAAAUGCAUUGGAGCGCCUGUUGAAGCGGUUCAAGCCGCGAGCUGGGGCCAUAUCAAAGUACCCCAACUUUGAGAUCGUGACGUCAACACAGCAAUGACAGUGCACAGUGAUAGGGAUAGUUGAAGUUUGACUUGCUGGUUGAAACGCUUUCAAGUGGGAGGUAGCUGCCUCCUGGUUGCAUAUUGGGAAGCCCCUACAGCUCUGGACUGCAGCAAUAGAGGCCAGGAUUUGGUGCCAAGCCCCUGACCGGGAUGGUGAGGGUGUUGGAAUGGUUGCAUUGAUCUCGGCACACACCUCCAGACCUUGGAUGGGGUGAUGGUGAUGGUGAUGGUGGUGGUGGAGGUGCCCAGUCAGUGCCCUGGGCAGACAUCGAGUCCAAGUGCAUCCUGCACAGUCCACUGACUGGGCACCACCACCACCACCACCAUCAUCCCAUCCAAGGUCUGUCUUAUUGUGUAAUUUUAUCUCUUCAUCCAUAUUAAUCUGUUCUGUUUUGUCUGUGUCCUGUCUUUGAAUGUAAAUGUAAUGUGUGCUGCCACCUUGGCCAGGGCUCGUUUGUAAAAGAGAAUUUUAUUCUCAAUGUGAUUUUAUUUCCCUGGUUAAAUAAAGGUAAAAUAAAAAUAAAAUAAAAACCACCCGAUCGGGCCUCCAAACCCACGGCCUACCAGUCUGUGCUCCAGUUCUGGCAUGGUAGACACAGUGCGAUACCACCGAGCUAAAGGUCUAGACCGACCGGCUUCAGAAGGGAGGUUUACUAAUGUCCUACGGCCAUACCGCCGUACUGGCAUCCGGUAUGCAGGCAGUCUGAUCUCUAGCCUGAUUAUCAUCGACUUUCAAAUAUCUUGGAGACUUGGUCUGACCAAGAGCAUAACAAUUAACAUUUUCCAAAUGGCAUGGUUGACCCGCCUCCCUUGGUUUGCUACUGGUUGUUUGCUUCCUGACGUGGGAGGAGUUCCUGAUUUAUCUGGAGCUCAGAAACGAUAUUUGUAUUGCUCCUGGCCUGACUAGAAGCAACGCUGGAGGUGUUGCGUCACUAAGAGGGUGCGGCCUGGCCAUAUGAUCUCUGACCUUGUGCUUGUGUGGGAAGAAGCUCGGGAAUUUGGGCAUGCCUGUUACUUUAGGCAUGCCUGUUACUUUGGGCAUGUUUAUUACUUGCUCUCCCUUGCCUUCUCUAUCUUACAUCACGCUCACACUCACUCCUCUCUGUGUCUCUGGCCGUUUCCCAAUGUCUAGUGUGCGUCCUUCAAAGUGAAUCAGCUUUUGUUAUCACGCCUAGUGAUUGGAUACACGUUGGUGAACUCACCAAAGUAUCCAAUCACUGGGCGUGACUAAUUAGGCUUACGCACUUCCAAGGCUCAUACACUUGACAUUGGGAAAUAGUGUCUGUUUCUCUUUCUCUCACACACACACACACACACACACAGACGCACAUGUGGGUCCUAAUCAUGUGCAGUUAUCCAUCUUUUUUCGUCCCCCCCCCCCGAUCUCUCUUUUUAUUUCUCUAUUCCUCGGGGUUCACUCUCCAUUUGCCAGUAUUGAUCACAGUUUUUGCCCCCCCCCUCACACACUCACUCUCUUGCGGGCCUCCCAAGGUUUCUGCCAUCGUUCACACACAAACGCACAGUCACUGACUUUCAUUGGCAUUCUACCUUCCCCUGUAUUGGCUGCUUUCUCUGGCCCUGCACCUGUGCUGUCUCUAUUACGGUUUUCAUGCCGACCACAAUGGCGCCGGUGUCCAUUCCAGCACCAGUUAGGCUUGGAACUGAAGUGGUUACCUGCGAAUCUCCCACGUUCAUACUAGGCUCUGAACUUUUCCGUAUGUCAUCAUGUGUUAUCUGGAUGAACCUGCUGACGUCCAUGUUAUCACGGUUUGCAGAGAAAAAAAAUUGUUUUUUUUCCUGGUGUGCAUUGCAAACCAACUUUCCGGUUCCCGAGCACUCAGAAUUGCAGUGUUGAGAUUUAUGUGCGGGAACUGCGGGCACUGGCAUGGUUCUGUCAGUCUGAACGCUCCUUGUGUGUGGGUGUCUCUUACUUACUCUCUCUCUCUCUCUCCCUCCUUCUCUUCCUCUCUCCCUCCUUCUUUUACCCUCCUCCCUUCCUCAUUUUGACUUUCUCUUCCACAUUUCCCUCCGCUGCCACUGGCUUGCUUCACUCCUCUCAGUCUGUCAAUUUUGUCUCCUUCUCAUUCUCUCUGUCUAGUGUUGACAGAUGUGUCUGAUCAAAUCCCGCCCAAAAGGUUCUCAAACAUUCCGCCCAAUUUCAACAAAUUGCAUUGAUUUCUAUGGGCCCAAAACUGCAAAUAAAACCGCCAAAUGGCCAAUUUUUCCCAAUAUCAAGUCAAGUCAAGAUUUUACCCGCAGACGGCCAUCCCAAGUAGCCCAAUUGGGCGGGUAACCACCCAAUCUGGCAACACUCGCUCUGCCAAUCAUCACUCUUCUUGCCCUUCCCCUUCUCCAUCAUCAUCAUCCCUUCAUCCUCUGCCCUUCCCACUUCUCCAAAUCUCUUAUCUGUCCUUUUGCUCCCUUUGUUUACCGCUCAUCUUCAUUCUCUCUCUCUCUCUCUCUCUCUCUCUCUCUCUCUCUCUCUCUCUCUCUCUCUCUUCUCUCUCUCUCUCUCUCAUAUACGCCACGAUUCUCUUGCCAUCCUCAUGGCCGCAGUCAUACCUCUGCCAUACAUUCAUCUAUCUAUCUGUUUAUCCAUCCUUCUAUCCAUCCAUCAUUCAUUGUGGGUUUCUCCCUCUCCUCUCUCUCCUUCCUCUUUCUCUUAUAUCUCCCUCUCUUUUCUCUCUCUCUUCUUUCUCUCUCUCUAUCUCUCUCUUCUCUCUCUUUUUCGUUCUCUCUUUUUUCCCCCCGCAGCAACGACUCGCUGGAAUAACUUUCCAUUGCCAAGCGUCAUGGCUAAACAAUGGUCCCAUUCAUUCAUCCGUGUGCAACAAUGUGCCGGCCUGGUCUGGCCUGGCUCGGCUUGAACGAAACCAACGAACGAAUGAGUGAAAUACCCAACCAGCGAGCGAAUGAACGAAAGAAAGAAUGAGAGGGGCAGGGAGGGACAGUAAACGGAUAAGAGAGAAGAAUUGGAAGAG